GAAGUAAAUAAAUAAAGGCUGAGGGGAAGUGGCCUGGCAGGUGCUGGAAACUGCGGAAGCGGAAACGCGGCGUCGUGUCCUCCUCCCUCCUCCUCGAAGAUUCCUGAAUAUCUGCUCAUGGUCUUGGUGGUUUGAAUCUCCACCUCCCUACCAGACACCAUGACGUCCUCCAUGCUCCGCAGACAGCUGAAGAACCUGGUCCAGAACUACUCUGAGGCCGAGGUCAAGGUCAGAGAGGCGACGUCCAACGACCCCUGGGGCCCCUCCAGCACCCAGAUGGCCGACAUCUCUGACCUGACCUACAACGUGGUGGCCUGCAAUGAGAUCAUGACCAUGCUGUGGAAACGGCUGAAAGACGACAAGAACUGGAGACACAUACACAAGUCGCUGACACUCCUGGAGUACCUGUUAAAGACUGGUGAUGAUCGUGUGCUUCUGAAAAUGAAAGACAACAUCUACAUUGUCAAAGCCCUCACAGAGUACCGCUUCGUAGAGAAGGAUGGCAAAGAUCAGGGUGCGAACGUGAGAGAAAAGGCCAAAGUUGUCCUUGUUCUUAUGGAGGAUGAUGACAAACUAAAGGAAGAGAGAGACUUUGCUGUUAAAACCAGAGAAAAGACGUCAAAAAGUUCUGCAGCCUCAUCUGUGGACACCGUCAAGGAUCCCAACUACAAGCCGUGCUACGUUCCUGGAGCCACCGGGCUUCCAUCCUUGGACAACAUACCUUCAGUGGCCGACUUGACUGCUUCCUUUGCCGCCCGUAAAGAAGAGCGACUUAAACAGGAAUUUGAGAAAAAAGAAGCUGAGAGAAGGGCCAAGUUGAGUGACGAUGAGCUGCAAUGGGAGGAUGCAGGCAAAGCCAGUAGUGUUAAAACUGAUGCUUGGAGCGGAGAUAAAGCAGAGGAGGAAUCAAAACCAGAUCCAUGGGGGUCACAAAAAGAACCGAAAGAGGCCACAGGUCCAUGGGGCGCACCCACAAGUCCUGACAAAACUGAAACAGCAGCUAGCAGUGAUCCAUGGGGGGCUCCAACUAAAACUGAUGAAGAUCAGUUUUCACCACCAAAGAAUGGAGAAGAUCCUUUUGCGGAACCUGAUCCCUUUACUGCAUCAAAAGAUGACCCCUUCAAUGCCCCGAAAGACACUUCGGACCCCUUCAAUGCACCCAAAGACAAAGAGGAUCCAUUUGCUGCUCCGAAAGAUGGACCAGAUCCGUUCGGUUCCUCUAACAAUGAUCCAUUUAAAACUCCAAAAGAUGAUCCGUUUAAUGCCCCAAAAGAUGAUCCAUUUAAAACUCCGAAAGAUGAUCCAUUUAAAACUCCGAAAGAUGAUCCGUUUACUGCCCCAAAAGAUGAUCCAUUUAAAACUCCAAAAGAUGACCCUUUCAACGCCCCAAAAGAUGAUCCGUUUAAUACUCCGAAAGAUGAUCCAUUUAAUACUCCGAAAGAUGACCCUUUCAACACCCCAAAAGAUGAUCCUUUCAGUGCACCAAAGGAUGACCCAUUCAGUACCGCAAAAGAUGACCCCUUCACUGCUCCGACAACGCCACCGAAAGAAGAUCCUUUCUCAGCACCAACAAAACCUGCACAAGACGACCCCUUUGCUGCCCAAGAAAGUCCUCCUAAAGAGGUUCCUUUCUCUGCACCAUCUAAACCUACAAAGGACGAUCCUUUCGCUGCACCGACAACACCCCCUAAAGAAGAUCCUUUCUCUGCACCGACCAAACCUUCACAAGAAGAUCCUUUCGCUGCACCGACGACACCCCCUAAAGAAGAUCCUUUCUCUGCACCAACCAAACCUUCACAAGAAGAUCCUUUUGCUGCACCAACAACGCCCCCAAAAGAAGACCCAUUCUCUUCACCACCCAAACCUACAAAGGAAGACCCCUUUGCUGCACCAACAACACCCCCUAAAGAGGACCCAUUUGCAGUACCAUCCACUCCCCCAAAAGAAGAUGCCUCAGAUCCCUUCAAUGCCCCUCCAGUGAGCUCACCUCCAGGUGGGGCAGAUACAUGGGGGGCACCUGCCAGCUCUCCACCUGGCACUGGGUCAGAUCCCUGGGGGCCACCAUCUGCUCCAAAUGAGACCAAAGGUGGAGAUCCCUGGGGCAAUGGGGCCAGUGCCUCCUCACCUGCUGACAGUGCUGAUCCUUUUGGGGAUGCGUCCAAAACAGACGAUGACCCAUGGGGCGCCCCAGCUUCAGCUCCGGCAAACGGCGACGAUGCGUGGGGUUCACCUGCUCCUCCCUCAGACUCCUCCCCGUCCAGUGACCCCUUUGGAGAUGGAGCGUCUAAAAGCAGCGAUCCCUGGGGGGCACCAAGCAGCACGAGUGGUAAUGGCACAGAAAACACCUUUUAGAGUAGAACUGGACCUUUAUUUGAUUGCAGGAAAGCGAACAGAGCAGGAAGAGGAGAUGUACAGAAAGACUGCUUCAUUCUUGGGUUCGGCGGGGGCGUCGCUGGUCGACCUGGACGACCUGUUUUCCUCCAAACCCCGACAGCGCCCCCUCGUCAACACCCCCCAAACACAAGCCAUCGGUAAGGACAGAAAAAACGCUGUACUCUGGGUGACAAAAAACGUUUGUGACAGAGGCUACACGUGGAAUUAUUUGCGGUGAUUCAAACGGAUGCAUGUUCAACCUGAAAGACGGCAAACAUUAGUCGCUUCUGGAGAAGUUUCAUUCCACCGCUGAUCAGCAGACGUUCAGAGAGAGAGAGGGGUGGAGACGGUGUGAUAAAUAUCUAUGAUUAGGUUUGUUUGGAGAAGCUUCUUGUGAUCAUGUGUUCCUCCCCUGUGGUCUCGCAGUAGUGUUUAGAUGUUGUGUGUGACAUUAGUGUCUAUUACCCAGCAGAUUAUAACUCCUCCCACCCCUCUCUCUGCUCUGCUUUGGUGCAUUUUCUCUUUACUGGAACACUUUGAAUCCCUCCCUUUCUCCUUCCCCUCAUCUCUCCGUCCUCGUUUCCCAGGCGCUCUCAAAGCGAGGGGUGUUUCUUCCACAUCCACCCCAUGCUACAACCUUUUUGGUUCCUCUUUAGCGCCCUCCCAUGGUGCACCCUUCAGCGAGCAUAACCUGGGAGGGUCUUGUUCUGCCGUGGGUACGCUUCAGGUGGCACCGGUUCAACCCACUUCUGACACAGGGAGUCUGCAGAUGGGACUUAACAUGAGCUCCCCCUGUGGAGGAGUGGGGAUGGUGCAGUCUGGAUAUCCAGGAAUGGUUCAGUCCAGUUUACUGGUGGGUGGUGUUAGAGGUUCCCCUCUACAAACUGGAGUCUUCUCAGGCAGCAAACCAGAGAAGAAAAAAAACAACAAUCCAUUCCUGCUCUGACAUCCAGACAUGCAGUGUUUUUCAUGAAUCCAAAUAGAAUUUAAAUCAGGAUUAGGGAAAUGUAAUUAAAGCAACAAGUUUCAUGAGGCAGGCGUGUGUCUGACCUGCAGAGAUCCAUUCUUUAGCGUGAUGUUUCAGUGCUCGGCCUUCAUCAGGCACGAUCUGUGAUGUGUCUUUUCAGGUUAGACAAGAUCAUGUAAAGCACCACACAAGGAAGCUUCACAUGUUUUAGCCCCCUUGUGUAUAAAUGAUAAUCAUCCAAAAGAAAACAGCAAUAAGAUUCCAGAUUUGUGCCGCUGUAGCUCACAGGUAGCUGCUGGUUUCUGUUCAUCAUGUCAUAGAAACCAGGAGAAGAAGGCUCAACACAAGACAGAUCUUAGUUUUCUUCAGUUUCACAGCGACACUUUGGAAUCUGGAAACAGGUUAUGCUACUUUGAGCAAUCUUUUUUCUUCCCAGUUGUCAAAGUUUCCUUCAAAGCACCAAGAAGGGACAGUUUAAAAUACUGCAGCAAAAAUGUCUGCUUGGAACUCCAACAAUUGCUCUCCUUUUACUGUAAAACAGACUAAAUGUCAGGAUGGACUUGAAUGAGCGGCUGCCUGCAAAUCUGGAAGCAGUUUAAACAAUGAGAAACACUUCAGUCGUAUGUGCGUGGUUUUUGCAUGUUGAUUUAAGGGCAAAACAUGCAAGAACCACCUGAUGAUCUUUGAAUUUAACCCUCCAGCACCCUGAGCUCGUCCCCCCACCAGCCCUGAAAAUGCCGAAACAUGCAUCUAAUAAAAUACCCAGAAAUGACGCAUACAGCUUCAUAUAUAUUAACAGAUAUACACACAAAUAUUUCUGGGAUUUUUUUUGUCUGAGAAGCGGAGAGCACCUCAGUGUGAGUGUUUGUGGAAACCCUGAGGAACUACUGUGUAUGUGAGUGUUGUGUGACUCUGUGAAGGAAAACACGUCGCUGUAGGUUUUCAUUACGUGUGCAUGUGUUUGUACAAGGUGGAGUGUGUGUGUGUGUGUGUGUGUGUGUGUGUGUGUGUGUGUGUGUGUGUGUGUGUGUGUGUGUGUGUGUGUGUGUGUGUGUGUGUGUGUGUGUGUGUGUGUGUGUGUGCACGGUGGGUGUGCACUAUGAAUAUAUAUAUAUCGUGCUGAUGUAAAUAGUGGAAGUACUCAACAGAUAAACCUUGAAAUAUACUGUAUAUCAGAGUGUUACAAUCACCAGUAACUAUUUAUUGAUCUAUUUAUUGAUUGAUUGAUUUAUUGCUUGAGUAAAUGUGGGCCUCUAUCAGACAGAUCCAGGUGAACUUUGAUGAGAGUCGACCUGAUGGCAUCGAUCACAUGUGAAGUCAAAGGCGAUUAAUCCGAUAAAAAAAGGAUCAUCUCGGUAACCGACGGUGGCUUUAUCUUCCCUCUUUAGGUUUGUAGUCGUUCUGGAUUCAUCGUCUUCUCUGUAUGUCCCGCCUUUGGACAGGAAACACAAACGUAUUAUUGUAUUCUGUUUAGCUGCAGUGUUGGCUAAAUAAAAACCGAAUUUGAACAUAUCAGCUUGUUUUAUGUGCAUGCUGUCUGAGGAUCCCGGAUGUGAGCGUAGCCACCCCUCGUUUAUUUGGUUUGUGACUAAUGAAAUGAGAAGUGAAAGGUAAAUAAAAGGUCUCCCAGCGUUGUAACGGAAGCAGGACUAAUCGUAGUUUAUUAGUUGUGAAAACGUCAGUAAAUCAAAACCACACGGGAAGCACAGAGGACUGAAGUCACUGCGUUUAGAAUCGGUUUCUUCAUGUGUUUUCAGGUAAAAAGUGAAUAAAAUAGACCGAAAGAACAGUUUAGCUUCAGAGGAUUACAGUGAAAAAGGAUCAGAACGACUCUUAUGAUUUCUCAGAUUUAAUUUUGUAUGAAAUGAAUUUAUUUUGCUGUGUAUUUACAUUUAAAGCUGUGUUGUAAACUGUGACAGUAUACAGUACGUUUGAGAAAUAAAAUGAAUCACAAAGCCA